GGGCGUGCGGCGCGGGAUGAACGGGACGGGCCGGGCGUACGGGAGCGACGGGGCAGCGCUGCCGGCCGGGGCUCGCCCGCUGGUCAGCGCCCUCAUGUUCUCGGCCGGGCUCCUGGGCAACCUGCUGGCGCUGGGGCUGCUCCUGCGCGGCCGCCGCGGCGCCCGGCAGCGCCCGCCCGCGCUGUUCCACGUCCUGGUGCUGGCCCUGGUGCUCACCGACCUGCUGGGCACCUGCUCCGUCAGCCCCUUGGUGCUGGCUUCCUACCACCGCAACCUCACGCUGACCAGCCUGGCCCGCGGAGGGCACAUCUGCCUCUACUUCGGCUUCGCCAUGAGCUUCUUCGGCCUCGCCACCAUGCUCAUCCUCUUCACCAUGGCGCUGGAGCGCUGCCUGGCCCUGGGGCGACCCUACUUCUACGAGCGCUUCCUGAGCCCCCGCACCGGCCUGGUGGCCCUGCCGGCCAUCUACAGCUUCUCGGCCGCCCUGUGCUCGCUGCCGCUGCUGGGCUUCGGGCGCUACGUGCAGUACUGCCCCGGCACCUGGUGCUUCAUCCAGAUGCACCGGGACCCGCAGCGGGCCGCCGGGGAGGCGGCGGGGCUCGACGUCACCUUCUCGCUGCUCUACGCCACGCUGCUGCUCUUCCUCAUCGUGGCCGUGCUGCUGUGCAACCUGAGCGUCAUCGUGAACCUGGCCCGCAUGCACCGGCGCGGGCAGCGGAGCCGCCGGCUGGCCGGCAGCGAGCAGCCCCGAGCGGCCGCGGGCUGCGGCCGCCGCAUCUUCUCCAUGGCCGAGGAGAUCGACCACCUCCUGCUGCUCUCCAUCAUGACCAUCACCUUCGUCAUCUGCUCCCUGCCCUUCACGAUCCGCGCCUACGUCAACAAGUUCCGCGAGGAGCAGGGCGACCACGAGUGGGACCUGCUGGCGCUGCGCUUCCUGUCCAUCAACUCCAUCGUGGAUCCCUGGGUCUUCGCCAUCCUGCGGCCGCCCGUGCUGCGCCUCAUGCGCUCCGUGCUCUGCUGCCAGCUCGGCCCCACGGCCCCCGCCGGCCGCGCCGCGCCCGCAAAGCCGCGCUAGGCCCGGGGGAUCCUGCCUCCCGACGGGCAGUUCUGGGCCCCUCGCUUUGGGGAGGAUGUUGGGAUGUUGGAGAGCACCCAGAGGAGGAAAUGAGGGUGGUGAGGAGCACAAAUCCUGUGAGGAACCGCUGAGGGAGCUGGGGGUGCUCAGCCUGGAGGAAAGGAGACUCAGGGGUGCCCUCCUCACCCUGCACAGCUCCUGAAAGGUGCCUGUGCUCAGCUGGGCUGGGCUCUGUCUGCAGAGCACACAGCCUGCAGCUGGGCCAAGGGAAUACAGGCUGGAUAUCAGGAAAAGGUUUUUACAGAAAGGUGAUAAAGUUGUGGAAUGGCUGCCCAGGGAGGUGGUGCAGUCCCCAUCCCUGGGGGUGUUUAACAAAGCCUGGAUGUGGCACUGGGGGCCAGGGCUGGGUUGAGCUGUUGGGGCUGGACUGGACUCCGUGACCCUGAAGGUCUCUCCCAACUUGGUGAUUCUGUGAUUCUGUGAAGCUCUGCCUUAGGGCUCACCAGGAUGUGGCUCUGCAGCCUGGGCACGCUGGGGGUGGCUCAGGUGUCACCUGGGAAGACACUGCGGCCUCUCACAGGGACAAAAGUGCAGUCCCCCUUUAGUGGGACCAGGUUGGAAGGGCUGGCGAGUCCCUGGGUGCUGCUGGCGCCCUUAGGGCUGGAGGAGGGCUCAGCCCUGCUGGGGAGGCUUGGGGGGUUUUGUUGGAGCCCCACGGCUGCGGGGUGUUGGGAAGCAGAGGUUCCUGCUGGUGUGCUUCCCAGCAAGGUCUCCGUGGGGUUUUUGGGAUGCAGGCAGGGCUACAGCUCCUGGAGAUGGGGCUGGGUGGCUGCAAACACCCAUCUGGGCCCCCAGAUCCAUGAGGAUUGGGAAGGAGAGGAAGGGAGAAGUGUAUCCUCAAAAAUUCCCAUUUAUUUUAGGCUGGUUGCCUAAAGAGAUGCACUUUUCAGGGCUCAUAUCUGUUUGUCUGUCUGUCCACGCUACACCCCUGAGAUUUUAGGCACUGGUGGGUCCCUGAGGGGCACCAAAGUACUAAAAAAGCCAAAUUUUGGCAUUUCCCUGGCGCUGUGAUGGAGCAGAGCAGCCCCUCCUCAGCACCCAUUUGGAAAUUCCCUUUGUCCUGUGAUUUUUGCAAGAGCCAACAAAGGGAAUAAAGAGCAUGACCAGGGAAUGGUCACAGCCAUGAGCUUCACCCACAUCCAGGGUGGUGCUGCUGGUGGGGUUUGGGUUUGUCCUUGAUUGGGACGAAUAUUUAUUUAAAAUAAAACCUCAAAAAAAAUCAAUAAAAGCAAAAAAAAACCAACUGCAAAACCACCCAGCUCAUCAAUCCUGCCCCGUUGGGCAGCCCCCUUCAGCACCACUAUUUUGUUUUCUGGGAUUCCUCUUGCUCUUUGGGACUCCGGGAUCGUUCCCACUGGGAUGAGGAGCACCCAGCUCCACAUCCCAAGGCCACCACUGCCAUUAGGAAUUUCCUUGUGGCUCCCAUUUGAGCAGCAUCCAGCACAGCCAGUGGCAUUUGUGCAAUUCCCAGUGUGGAGUCUCAUUUGGGAGCUGCAGCUCUGCUCAGGGAGCCCAAAGGUGCCGAGGUUUGGGGCUUUUCCGUGGUUUGUGAGUCGAGGUGAUGUUAAAAAUAAAUAAAUAAAAUAAAAAGAGUUAUUAUUUAAAUAAUAAAUGUCUCUCAGAGGA